AUGAUGAAUAUUCCCGGCCGUUUAACCAAUAAACAACUCCUGCAACAUUUGAUCUCUGAUAAGAAUAUUCAUUGCCUGUUUCGUCGUUCUACACAAAAUCCAUCAAUUUAUGAUGUCAACAAGCUUUCAGAAGAAUCUCAGAAAGAAGGCUCAAAAUACGCUGGACCAAGCGUUCUCCUUUUGGAUUGGCUGCACCAUUAG